GGGGCUGUACUCAGUACUGUUGUGUGUGUGUGAUGGUGUACUCCUAGUGUCUAGUAGUCCUGGCUGAACUUUCGUGGGACUGUGUGACUGUGAGGGUGUGUGCUGUAAUUUGGGUGGUGCUUAUUUAUUGUAUCUGCUGUGUUGGUCACACGUAAUAUCAUGGCGGAUAAGAGUCUCCAACCCCAACAUCCGUGGUAAUACUACGUACAGACUGUCCUAUACGCACGCAUUCGAGACUAGUGUGUGCGCUCACAUACGCGUGCCUACAUACGUACUUGUAUACUGAGAUACAUAUUAUUAGUCUAUGCUCUAGUCUGACUUAGGUUCGAGUUAUCCACACAUCCACACUAACACAGCAUGGACGGUCUAGAGAAAGCAGAUGUCUUCACUGACGACAACAACCAGAGCGGAAGCAGCAGCUCCAUCGAGCUUAGCGGUGACUCAGACAACGACCACAGCAUCGCAUCCGACCCCUCAGACGAUUCGGACGGAGACAGUGACGAGAAAAGCAGAGACGGGAACAACUCACACAGAGGCGAUGAAGUUGAUGUGCAAUCUGACAGAGCGGAGGUUAGUGGCGACGAGGAGACGAGAGAGCAGAGCACCGAGAGAGACAGUGGGAAGGUAUCGGCCGAUGCUGAUGUAAAAGUGCAGACGCACACAGUGAAGCGUGAGGGUAUUGCGUUAAGACCGAAUGGUGUGGGUAGCUCAGGCGAGCGGAAACGUCCAUUGAAGAAGAGCCGGGCCAUUGCGACUGAUGCAACAACACAAACAACACAGAAGCAUAGCAGGUCUAAGCCUGCCAACAAGAAUAAGAUCAAGGAAGAACAGGCUGUGGCGCAUAGCGAUGACCUUAUCGGCAAUGGCGCUGAUGACGACGGCAAUCGACAGAGUGGUGGUGAGAGUAGCAGUGAUGAAGAUGCACCUCUGAUUGCAAAGAUAAGAGUCAAGGGAAAGCGUGUUGGUGCGAGUACAGGUGAUGGCAAACGGAGUGAACGCGCCGAUAGUGCAGAACCGGUCGGGUAUGAUAACUGUUCACAUAUAUGGUACUGA